GCGGGACCUGUCGGGGGAAGCGUUUGACUUCCAAGACGGCAGCCCGGUUGUUACGGGGGCCGGGUCGGGACGCGGAGCCGCUCCUUGUCGCUUCUGGUACCUCCCCGGGCCGGUACCUGCCCCGGCGGGGCCCCGGGGCUGCCGUCGGGGCAGUCACCGCGGCGCCAGCGCGGAGCUCGGGGUUGCCUCGGCGAUCGCGGCGAGCGGGAGCCCGGAGGCUGCGGCGAGAUGGUUUAGGGGACGGCGGGGAGCUCCCUCCACGGCCGGCGGGGAAGGGCGAGGACCGGCCGCAUCGUCCCCGGAAAUCCAGUGCAGUAUUAAUCCACGGAGGUGCAGUGGGGACAGUUGGCAGUACAAUGGCUUCUCAGUACCUCGUAGUGGCUCUGGCCGUUUUCUCUUCUUUUACCCAGGUUGUAAUAGAAGCCAGCUCUUGGUGGUCCUUAGGGAUGAAUCCCAUGAACCCCAUGAACCCUGUUCAGAUGUCAGAGGUGUAUAUAAUAGGAGCCCAGCCACUAUGUAGCCAGCUAGCAGGGCUUUCCCAAGGACAGAAGAAACUCUGCCAAUUGUAUCAGGACCAUAUGCAGUUCAUUGGAGAGGGUGCAAAGACGGGCAUUAAGGAGUGCCAGUAUCAGUUCAGACAUAGAAGAUGGAAUUGCAGCACUGUGGACAACAACUCUGUUUUUGGCAGAGUCAUGCAGAUAGGCAGCCGGGAGACGGCGUUCACCUACGCGGUGAGCGCGGCCGGCGUGGUCAAUGCCAUGAGCCGCGCCUGCCGGGAGGGAGAGCUCUCCUCCUGUGGCUGCAGCCGAGCUGCACGGCCCAAGGACUUGCCCCGGGACUGGCUUUGGGGUGGCUGCGGGGAUAACAUCGAGUACGGAUACCGCUUUGCCAAGGAGUUCGUGGACGCCCGGGAGCGUGAGAGAGUUUACCAGCGAGGCUCCUACGAGAGCGCCCGGAUCAUGAUGAACCUGCACAACAACGAGGCCGGGAGAAGGACGGUGUACAACCUGGCUGACGUGGCCUGCAAGUGCCACGGCGUCUCCGGUUCCUGUAGCCUGAAGACCUGUUGGCUGCAGCUCGCCGAUUUCCGCAAGGUAGGCGAUGCCCUGAAGGAGAAAUACGACAGCGCCGCCGCCAUGAAACUCAACAGCCGGGGCAAGCUGGUGCAGGUGAACAGCCGCUUCAACGCCCCCACCAUCCACGACCUGGUGUACAUCGACCCCAGCCCCGACUACUGCGUGCGCAACGAGAGCACCGGCUCCCUGGGCACCCAGGGCCGCCUGUGCAAUAAGACCUCGGAGGGCAUGGACGGCUGCGAACUCAUGUGCUGCGGCCGGGGGUACGACCAGUUCAAGACGGUGCAGAGAGAGCGCUGCCACUGCAAGUUCCACUGGUGCUGCUACGUGAAAUGCAAGUUGUGCACAGAGAUCGUGGACCAGUUUGUGUGCAAAUAGGGGGACAGGACGAGGUGGGAGGAGCUGCAGCCGCCUGCCAGCGAGGGGCGCGGGCCCCUCUCCCUUUUCCACAGGACUAUCUCCACUUUUUAUUUAUAGAGUCCAACGAGUUGUUGUUUUCUUUUAAGAAAAACAAAAAAAAAAAAAAAGAAAAAAAAGGGCGGGGGAAGGGGAAAAAAACAAAAAAGAAAAAAGAAAAAUAUAAAGGUUGCAAAGAGAAGUGCCUGGAAACCCUCUCUGUGUCCAUCCCAGAACUGUGUUAGGCUUAUAUUUUUGGCAAUAAUGGGCGAGAAUCUGAGAAUAUUUAUUUUACAAAGUUAAAACAUUGACUUUUCUUACAAACAAUAGAGUAGUUUGAGGGGAAAAUCCGACAUAUCCUAAUUUAGUCCCAUGGAACGUAAUACAUGUGCAGUAGGCAGAGCAACCAUGUAAUGUGCUUGGGAUGCUAGAACAAUCCUUAUGGAUGUGAGGAACACACAGACCUGUCCAUGACUUUUAGUUUCAGACACUAGAAGUUGCUAGAAUAGGGUAUAUAAAGCUGUUCAGUGCAUGUAGGGCUCUGUAAAUAAGGGGUAUAUCCAGCAUGAAGUGCUGUGUUGGUUGCAUGUCUGACUGUUCCCGCAGUGUCACCGGAGGGCAAAGAGCAAAGAAUCAGAAAGGCUUUAACUGCGCUAUCCCUGAGUCACAGGGGCUGGUUCCAAAACCUACCAAGACUGGGAAAAAAAAAAGAAAAAAAAAUCUGCCUUGGUGAAUAACGAAGAUAUUCUUCAAGGCAGAGUUUGGCCUCGUUAGGUGAUUUGGAGUGUCUCGUCUGACAGAGCAGCACUUCCCUACUGCUGAGUGUGGAGCAGCCCCGGGGCAGGCUGUGUGGAGCACUGUAGCUGGGCAAGGGGAGCUGCACUGCUUACUAACAGCUUUGGUUUCCCAGCCUGGAAAGCCCAUGGAAAGUAGAGUUCCCCAAAUUUGAAAAUGCCUUAAAAUGGUGUAAUAGCUGGCUGUCUUUCAAAACACAGCUUGACAAAUAACUCCUCUAAUUUUAUGUGAGAAAAUAAAUCGUUAGAUAUCCGCUCUUGGAAUGAUUGAUUUUUAUUUUUUUCGCAGAUUUUGGGAACGCUUUCACUCAAGGAUACAAUAGUUUCAUAUUUUAAUAACAUUAACUGACUAUUAUAGUUCAAUGAAACAUUGCAGCAAUACCAAAUUUAUCAUCCUAUGUCUUUAAUACACAUGCUUUAGAUAAUAUAUUGCAGAUAUACACUACAACUGUUCAGACUAUACUUGAGCAGUUACAUAUAUAUGGGAGAACUGUGGUCUGCUGGUGUCUGAUACUUCAAAGCUUUUUGUACAUAUAUAUUUUAAUGAUUUAGAAAAUAAUAAAACAUCUAAAAUUACAA